AUGACGACAAUCAACGAUUCACCACCAGGUUCUCCCAAUUUACUCACUACUGAUAGUUCAAGCAGUAGUAGUUUACAAUUGCAUUCAUUAUCAUUAGUUUCUAGUCAAUCUUCAAAUGAUCACUCCCGCGCAGAAGACAUAAAUGAAAAGCUGAAGCAAAAUCAAGAGAAGCAACACCGUAUCAAUUCAGCAUUACUCGACACACUUAAUAAUUGCAUACUUAAUGAAGCAUCCUCGAAUUUGACUUAUUGUAAUUUCCCAGUUAUUUUAAAGGUUCCAAUUAUUGAGAGUAGGAAAUCGGAAUUUGAAGCCAUCUUUGCAGGUUACAAAGAUUUGACUAUUGAUAGGGAGGAACAAGAAUAUGUAAUUGGUUUUAUUCAAUCUAGAAUUGAGUUUGACGAGUUGAUUUAUAAGUUGCAUGAUUUGGAAAUCAACUAUGAAUUGGAUUAUAGUAAGUUUAUUUCACACCCAGGAAUAUUAUUCAUUAAGAAUUUGUCUAGUAAUUUGAUGUUUGAAGAUGAUCAAAUAGAUUCAAUCACAAUAACUAAAGAAAAUGGCAAUUAUAAACUCUUCAAGUUUUUGAUGGAUAAUUGUUAUUUUAAAUCAUUGAAUGAAGUGAAAUUAUUCAAUCAAGAUAAUGGAAUCAAUUCUGCAUUUGCAAUUGUUAAAUUUUCAAAUUAUUUAGAUGUUGAUUUAUUGAUUGAAAAAUUUAAUAAAAUGGUACCCAAUAUCUUUAAUAAUAAUGAAACAAUUCCGUUGUUUUUAAAUAGAUAUCUUAAUCGAAAAGAACGAAUAAAUCCAAAGGUACCUGUCGCUAGUCCCAUUAAUUCCUUGAAUCAAGAUAACUUCAAUUUAAUAAUUGUGGAGAAUUUAUUAAAUUUCAUUCCUGAAACAUUUACAAUUUUCGAAUUUUAUAAAUUGAUUGAAAAAAUUGGUGGAUUUGGAAAUAUGAUUGAAUCUGUUUAUUUCCCAAUUAUGGAUUAUUUUUCCAAGGGAAAAGAAUCUACUAAGCUCAAGUGUUUUGAUUAUGGAUAUAUCAAGUUCAAAUCAAAUGCAAACUUGAUGGAAAAUACAUUGAAGAUUCUAUAUUAUUUGAAUGAGUUGUCCUGGGAAGAAUUUAUCAAUUUCGACACUCAGAAUUUACCACAUUUAACUGAUCCAGUUGAACCAAUUAAGACUAGAAAUAAUAAGAUUCAAAUUACAAUUGCUCAACAUAAACAUAAUCAUUAUUUAUAUGCUAAUGCUCAAAACUUUUAUCUUUCAUUGGGUCAUAAACAUCAAUUAUCCAUCAAUUUCCCCAAUCCCAUAUAUGCAAUCAACCUGUAUUGUCGUAGUUUGAAUUAUCAAGAAACUAAUAUAUAUGUCAACAAUUUAUCUGUUUUGUUUAAUAAUGAUGAUUCUACCUGGGAAGAGUUCUGGAAACAAUUUGGUAAAAUCAAAUCAGCUAAGAUUAUAAAGCCACAAUUUUACGAAUUUUCAUCAAUUUCAUCAUCGUCAUCAUCAUCAUCAUCUAAUGAAGAGUUUGAUGGAGACAACCACAUUAAAGAUCAUAAAGCGGGUAAAAUUGGUUUUAUUUUCUAUGAAUCAUUUAAAAUGGCCAUUAGGGCAAUUUUAAUGACUAAUAAUAAAGUUGUUAAUUUAGAUAAAUUCAAUCCAAUUUUAAUUCAAUCUUCAUUUGCAAUUCAAAAGAGUAAACUUGGUCCCAAGAAUGAAAAUAUCACUCUGUCAUUACCAUUACCCAACAAUGUUACAAAUCAUAAUAAUUUCAACAAUAAUUCAAGUAUAGGAAAUAAUAAACAACAACCUUUUCAACUGAAGCAAAAACAAUUUUAUGCAACAGCUGCUGCAAAUAUAAUUGGAGGAGGAAAUGGGGGUGGUGGCACAGGGGCUACCAAUGGUAAUAUAAAUGGAAACUAUGGAGGAUAUUCACAACAUGCACAUCCUUAUCAUCAUCACCAACCUAUGAUGCCAGCCUAUCCUUACUACGGUUAUCCUAAUCCAUAUAUUAUCUGCCCUCCUUAUUAG